AAAAAACAAAACCCAAACACUUUUUAAUAAAAACCCUCGUUCGCUGUCUUGACUCUUCCUCUGCUACAAUCCGCCCGUUCCCGCCUCGCCCCGCCCCUCUCGAAAACACAAAAUGUCUUUGGUGGCUAACGAGGAUUUUCAGCACAUUCUACGUGUGCUGAACACGAAUGUAGAUGGUAAGCAGAAGAUAAUGUUUGCUUUGACAUCAAUCAAAGGUAUUGGCAGGCGUUUCUCUAACAUUGUCUGCAAGAAGGCCGAUGUUGAUAUGAACAAGAGGGCUGGUGAACUAUCUGCAGUCGAGUUGGAUAACCUCAUGACUAUUGUUGCAAAUCCUCGCCAGUUCAAAAUCCCAGACUGGUUUUUGAAUAGGCAGAAGGACUACAAAGACGGGAAGUAUUCUCAGGUCGUGUCAAAUGCACUGGACAUGAAGUUGAGAGAUGAUUUGGAGCGUUUGAAGAAGAUCAGGAACCACCGUGGUCUGAGGCACUACUGGGGUCUUCGUGUCAGGGGGCAGCACACAAAGACUACUGGCCGACGUGGAAAGACUGUUGGUGUCUCUAAGAAGCGAUGAACAUACUUUUGCAGCAUUGAACAAAUUUUAUAUAUGGUUUGGCAGGAUCGGUCCAUUUUUUGGUAUGAUUAAUGUUUGCUCUAGACAAGUUUAGAGGUGAUUUUGUUAGAUUACAAAUAUUUUUAUUAUUGUGAACUCCCUUAUCUAUUUGAAUCAGUUGCCAAAAUCUUAUUUUCACUACAUGAACAAUGGUUUCACUUGACAUCCAUUUCAGAUAUUAU